UGCUGGGCUGGGCCCUGGAGUAUUGGGAAAUGGCCAUCAGCAGCUCCUGGGGGCAUUAGUCAGGUCUCUGGGCCGAGAGUAUGUGGACAGGAGGAAACCGGAGGAGGAAUCAUAGAAGAGAGGAGAUAAGAAUUGGGCUGAGGUAAGAGGAGGAGAAGAAAGAGGAAGCCUGUGAGCACAGAGGGAACUGCCUGGUCCAGUGGUGAAGGGGUGAGGCCCCGGCAAGGCUUCAGCUCCCCUUGGCUGACCAGUGACCCUACACUUCAGGGAGAGACAGAGGCUCCUGGCUGAUCUCACCAGGCACCCAGCAUGGUCACCAUAAGGCUAUUGAGAAGCAUGGAGCUCUGGCAGGCCAACACCUUUCUGCCCCUGCUGCUCCUCACCUGGCUGCCAGUUGGAGCAGUCAGUCAGCUGGUACAGCCAGGCACCACUGUGCAGUUCGAGAUUUGUUUGGAAAAUCUCACGGUGCAGGUGAAGUGGUGCAAACCUGAAUGUCUGGAGGGGGAGAAUCAAACCAACACUGUGAUUCUGGGAGAAAACUGUAUGAAUUUCACCAGCUCAAGCCCGUGUACAGCCCACACAGGAAUCUGUGCAUGUAGGGUCUUCAUCACAAGACCAAACUUGACAGACACUGGAAACAGCACGCAAGCAGCAGUUCACAGCUGUGGCUGUGCAGAACCUCCGACUGAUGUCACAGGGAAGAUCUGGACAGGACUCAACCUCCUCCUGUGCAUCCUCCUUGGCUUAGCGGUCGGGACACUCCUUUACAUGCCGGUAAUUGGCUUCCUGCUGUGGCAGUGCACAAGGAACAAAACAGGAGAGCUCAUGAGCGGGGAAGUGGCAGAGAGGAAUCAGGUCAAUAUGGCAGCCCCAAUGACAGGGACUGAGGACCUGACCUAUGCCAACCUGAAUUUUGGAAAGAAGGAGACAGGACCUGCCUCUAAUGUCAUUUACACUGAGAUCAAGCCAUCACAACAGAAGCAGAGUGCUGGGGAUGGCAGUGCUGCCAGCACAGAGAUGGAUGUCUCCUCCAAGGAAGAGGGCAAAUGAGGGAGGUGGCUGCAGAACCCUGCUUUAUGUUCCUGUGGAAGAAGCCAUGGCUAAUGGUGACGACAGAGCUUUUGAGCCUGUUUUCCCCUUGCCUUCUGUGGCUCCAAACAGUGCCAAGCCUCAGCAACUCUUUUUCAGUCUGUAGUCACUGACAGGCUCCUCUAGCUACUUGCUCCAUGUUCAGGAAUGACACUGUAUACUGUGUGGCCAACAUGGUGUUCAGGAAGAGCUUGGUCCUGGAUGUGCUGGGUGGCAUGGCCAUGAGAAGUCCUGAAGCAAUCUUCUGGAUUUUCUCUGGAGCAGGCAUCUGCUGUGAUGUGGGUUGACCUUGCUCUCAUUCACUCACUUGAAACUCAAGUGGCAAGGAUGGAAAAGCAUUGCUUGCUUCACAGAGAUGGUGCUGCAGUGAUGCACAUGGAUCUGCUUUGUACUGGGAGUGGCUAGGUGUUUUUGCUGGUUUGCUGGUGAAUACCCUUCUCGUGGGUAGAGCACUCUCUUUUGUGCCCUCUUUUUUGAUAAUGUUG